AUGUCCUCUCGGUACGACUACAGGAGACGGGAAUUGGAGCGCGACGAGCGCGACAAGGGCGGCGGCCGUCACCCACCCCCACACCGAGGAGGGCGAAGGAGCCGUUCACGGAGUCCCCCUCGCAGAGGCGACCGUGACCGCGAACCAGAUCGCAAGGACUACUACGGUCGGGACCGAGGAGACAGGCGCGACGACAGGAGGGACGAUCGCCGCCGCGACGACCGCGACGGCAGGCGAGGCGACAGGGAGCGCGACCGAGAGCGGGACAGGGACGGACGCCGCGAGCCCCCACCCCCGCCCGCGCUGAUCUGGAUGGACAAAGCAGUGUCGCUGACUUGCACACCCGUUCCAGGUACGCCCGGGCCCGAAUCUUCGCUCACGGGUGCCCGACAAGACUCCGAGAAGCCCACCGCUGAUGGUGAGGAGGAGGGUGAGGAGAUGGAGGCUACGAAUGGCGACGACGAGGCUAUGAUGGCUAUGAUGGGCAUGUCUGGCUUUGGUUCUACGAAGGGGAAACACGUCGAAGGGAACCAAGAAGGCGGAGUGGACAUCAAGAAGAUUCGGACAUGGCGGCAGUACAUGAACCGUCGUGGAGGAUUCAACAGACCGCUCGACAAGAUCAAGUAA